UGUAUGAGUUUUCACAAGCAGUGCUAACAAUCACCGAACAACUUAAAGUUAGUCGUACAUUGACAGCAUCAGUUUUUCAGUUAUUUGGCAAGUAAACGCAUCGCUGUUAAAAACUUUAACGGAGAUUGAUUUUUACAAUUCUUCGCAGUCUCGCGGCGAUUAACGCAACAACAAACAAAGAAAAAAAAAGAUUUAAAAAAAAUUUUUUCUUUUUUUUUUUUUUCUCUAAAACUAAAAAAUAAUCUCAAAAAAAGUAAAGCAAAAUUACUGGCAUACUGUCUCGUCCGGUCAGAUGACGGACGGACUUGUGUUAAGUGAGUGCGUUUUGUUUCGAAAAAAGCUAAAAGCAAUGCAUGUGAGAGAAAUUCCAUUAAGAAAAUCAUGUUCAAAUUACGACAAUUAAGUAAGAAAAAGAAGUCAAACCGCAUACAAUCAAAAAAUCUGCAUACGUCACUUAAUAAAUUGAAAAUCACGGUUCGCUUUCAUAUAACUUUUAACAAACGAAAAUUCGAUUGCAAAGAACUUUUCUAACACUUGAGUGCAACUUUGGUUAAUUAAGAAAAAAGUUUUUUCUUUGCUUUUUUUCAAACUUGUGGAAUACAUAUCGGAAUAUGUGGAAAAGUUAUGAAUGAAAAUUGAAAAAGGAAUGCAUUAAAAAGGCAAAAGAAAAACAAAAAAAUGUGCAAAAAAAUGCAAAAACGUUUAAGGCGAAUACAGAGUAAUACAAAUCUUAUAACAUACUCUACGUUGAAAGCCAACGUAGAUAUGACGCGAACAAAAGAACACCAGCACACUGUGAUGACCAAAAUUGUCCAUAUAUGGACCGGUAAAGAAGGAAAAAAUUAUUCCAGCUUUCAGAAGAUGAAUAAUAACAGAAAUUGUUGGAGUGAAAGAAGGACCGGAUUAAGUAGAAAAUGUCGCUAUCAUCAUAGUUGGUUACUGUUGCCUUUAGUAUUUUCAAUAGUAAUCGAGGCCAGAUUAAAUGCAGAGAAAGUAAACAUUCUUAGUUUAUCAACAACGACGACAUCUUCCAUUGACUAUCAGCGUAGUAAUAAUAUAAACUCAUCGACAAAUUUAUUGCCGUCAGAAAUCCUAUCUAAUGCAACUAAUGCAACCAUUCCCACGAACGACUGGCUACGCAAUGAUUCUCUCGCACAUCAAACUGCAUAUCAAACAGUUAACGCAUUUAAUAAAGCAAAGAGCCGUCUUGGUGGUGGUGGCGGUGGUGAUGGGAGUGAUUCAAUAUUCGCGCGCUUUGCCAAGCGUUUCGCAUCCGGUAACGAACUCUGGGACGGUAUUGUACGCGAAUGUUAUACAAAACCUAGUUUUACUUGUUUUCAAAAGAAUGUUUACGUUUAUCUAAGCGACGUCUUAGAUGCCAAAGACAUGAAUGUUACACAAGCAUUGAAAUUCUACCACAACACAAAUAAUUAUCAGAAAAAAACAGCAUCCAAACAUGGCGGGGAAAAGGAGCAGUUGUACUCCACUGAAGCUUCAGCAGCCAAAGAUUAUUCCGAUUCUAAUGCAGAUGGCGAUAGCAACACAUUGGAUAAUGAAAUAUUCGCCAACGCGAGACGAAAUCAUUUCUCUGCAGAUGAAACGACGGAAGGAGCGGAAAUAGCCGAAACAGCGGAAACACCGAUUGAAGAGGUGACAAAUGCUUUGUAUGAGAAGAGCAUAAAAUUUGCUAUAACCCACGACGUGGAAUUGAAGUUACCCGAAAUAUUAUUCGACGGCGCUACAUUUCGUAUAUCUCCGCGUUCUCUCGAGGGCAAUGGAAUGGUUGCGAAGCUGGAAUUAAUACCCAGGCAACAAAUUGAGGCACGUUUGGCGGGAAAAAUUCUCAUGAAAAAAAUACAGAAACUCUUUCAGAGCAAGUUGUUGUUGUCAUUUUUAGCUUUAAUAUUGAUCAUAAAAAUUAUAAAAAUUAAAAUCUUCUGGCUGUUGCCCUUCAUUAUUGGUGUGACUGCCGCUAAAAAGUUGUUGCUGAAGUUUUUAUUGUUUCUGUUUCCUGCACUAUCGCAUCUCUUUAAAUUGUGUUCAUACUAUCAGCAAACAUAUCACUCUACAAAAUAUCAUCAUCAUCAUCAUUUGAUUAAUCAUCAUCAUACGAUUGUACCAGCUUGGCAUAGCGCUGAACAUGUGCCAGAAAUUAUUUAUACAUCUCCCCCCAAAGGUCAUGUUUCCACAUAUUUGCAUGGGGCGCCGCCCCCUCCUCAUGAAUCGUACAAACCCAAUUCGCACGAUCACUACGAUGGCAGCUGGGAGCUUUCGGGACCCGGUUUAGGAUCAGAAUUUAUAAACGAUAUAAAUCGUGUAGCACAUGUCGAUGAAAGUUCAGAUUAUUUUAAACCACACCUUAAAAACGAUGUGAAUGAAUUGAAUGAUUGGGGUUUGGGUACAACACAAGCCAGUCUAAGCCCCAAGCAACAAGUACAACAGAAACAAAAACAUCCAAUAAAAAGAAAGCAGCAAACGGUCACACAACUACCACGAUUACCUAUAACGAGUGUAUUACAUAAACCACCACCAUCCUCAGCACAACCACAAAAUUUUCAAAAACCCCAGGCCACUAGUCAAGCAUUCAAUCCAUUUUUACAAAACGAUCACAAGCAAAGCGGCUACGGCCACAAAUAUAAAAACAACGUACCCGCUCAGUCGGCUCUUAAUUCUGUGUAUGCAGCGCCUGUUCACAUGCAAGGAUCACAUAAACCGCAACUGCAAAACACACCACUAUCGGCUGCUGCCCAAAUUAUUGCUCAAUAUGAUCCAAAUCGAAAUCAGCAGCAACAACAUUUACAGAAUUCUAUUCAAACUAAAACUGUUCUAACGCCGGAAAUUGCUGCGCAAUUAAAGGAAGCCUUGCGUAUACAAACUGAGCAAAGGCUCAUACAACAGCAACAAAAAAUUUUGGACAAACAACCAUUCGCCCAGGACGGUCAGCCUUUGAUGCCGCUCAAUUAUGACCAGUUCUACAGUCCCAUUUUGCUGAAAAUUGACAAAGUCAUUGAACAACUUGGCGUUACAGAUGACUUGUGCAAAGAGCGACUCGUGUGCAGUAUGUACAAGGAUCCCGCACGUUACAGUCCACACAGUAAUUUCGUAUCGGCAGAAUUGAGCAGAGAUACGAGCGAAUUAGCCCCAGUGAAGAAUACGAACGCUGCAGUGAUACGCUUUUUCCGUUUGAUACAAGCGGCCCGGGACGGUCAAGAUCAGAAAGAUUGCUUACGUUUAUACCCGAAUUGUAAUAUCAAUACGGAAUAGACCAGACGGGUGAUUCGACGGAUACGAAUGCGUAUUUUUGCAAAAAUAGUCUGACU